GGCACGAAAUAAAAAGAAAAUAAAAAAUAUCCGAAUUAAAAUAUAACCAAAUAUUCAGAUUUCUCGCAUUUCUUAGAAAAAGGGCUUCGGAGCCCCUCUGUGUUUUCGGUCCGGAACCCUAGAAUUUGCGCGUCGCCGUAAUUUUUCUGAAUUAUUGGAGUUUUGGUUUGAUGGAAUUUUAGUACCAGUGAAAAUUGCGAAUAUAUAAAAAAAAUUAAAUUAAAAGAAAAAAGAAAAAAUGUCAGGAUCUGAGACGGGAGUGAUGACUAGUAGGGAGCCGUUUCUGCAGAAAAGUACUCUUCAGUCACAGUCCGCCAUUCAGAGCAUGCGGUUGAACUUCAGUCCUGACGGCGGCUCCGCUCUCUACAAACCUGUCGCCGCCGCCACCUCACCUGCUUAUCAGUCCUCAGCCGCCGCUUCCGGCGGAGGUGCUGUUGUGCCGGGGGGCGCCGGAGAGGCUGCAGUUAUGGCCCCUGCUGCUGCUGCUGGGCUUAACAUGAACACGGGUACUGAGCCUAUGAAGAAGAAGAGAGGGAGGCCCAGGAAGUAUGGGCCAGAUGGCACAAUGGCAUUGGCUCUAUCACCAUCAGCCCCGCCUGUGACCGUCACCCAGCCCAGUGGUGGAGCAUUUUCUCCUCCUCCUCUCCCUCCUGCCCCUGCCCCUCCUGGAGGAGGUUCUGCCUCACCACCACCCACUUCCACUUCCACCAAGAAAUCAAGAGGCAGACCACCUGGUUCUUCCAAGAAGCAACAACUGGAUGCUUUGGGAUCUCCGGGAUUUGGAUUUACGCCACAUGUUAUCACUGUAAAAGCUGGGGAGGAUGUAUGGUCAAAAAUAAUGUCAUUCUCUCAGAAUGGUCCUAGAGCUGUUUGCAUCUUGUCUGCAACUGGAGCCAUCUCUAAUGUGACUCUUCGCCAACCGGCCACAUCUGGUGGAACUGUAACAUAUGAGGGGAGGUUUGAAAUUCUGUCACUCUCAGGCUCGUUUCUUCUAUCUGAAAUUGGUGGUCAACGGAGUAGAACUGGGGGCUUAAGUGUGUCGUUAUCUGGCCCAGAUGGCCGAGUUUUAGGUGGGGGUGUGGCAGGUCUUCUGACUGCUGCCUGCCCUGUUCAGGUGGUAGUCGGAAGUUUUGCUGCAGAUGGUCGGAAAGAAUCAAAGACGGCAAACCAAAUGGAGCCUUCAUCUGUAGCACCGAAGUUUGAUCCGGGCAGUGGGCCAACAGGGGCAAGUAGCUCCCAGUCACGUGGAACUCUCAGUGAAUCUUCAGGCGGGCCUGGAAGUCCGCUUAACCAGAGCACAGGAACCUGCAAUAACAAUAACCCGCAAGGCAUGUCAAGCAUGCCAUGGAAGUGAACGGUUUGGUAAAACUCGAGGCAGGCCUUUUCACUAAUUUGUGCAGUAGGCAUGAUCAGCGGAUGUUGUUUUUCUUAACUUUAUUCGAGUCUAUAGGGCAGGAACCCGUUGUAGUUUCAGCGCCGUGUGUUGUAUGACUAGUAGAAUAAGGAAUGUAGAAUACUUUGCAGCUUGACCUUAUAGAGGAGAAAUGGCCGGCUGAAAAGUGUCAACCAGGUAGCAAGAGGUGUGUGUGAAUUAGAAAGUAGAUUAAGUCUUGUGAUUGUAGGACUUAAUUAUUAAGAUUAAUGAUUAAUUAGGAUGAGUUAGUGAUCUAGUUUAUCACGCGUUUCGCUUGUUGUAAUCUUUGUUGACCCUUGGAUUAUCCUGCUCAACUUCGACCUGUUCUCUAAUGUAAUAUGCUUUAAUUUUA